AUGUCAAGUUUCGUUAAGCUGAAGAAGGAAAACUUACCAGAAAUUGCUGGCAUUAAAACAUCAAUAAGAAAUCAUCAAAUUUGCUCGUCUGGAAGUGAUUCCUUUGAUUUUGUGAUCGGUGGUGGAAUUGAGUUAAACUCAAUAAUAAUGAUAGGAGAAGACAAAUUUGGAAGAUACUCUGAUGUUAUCACAAAACUGUAUCUUGGUGACGGUUUUCAUCAUAAGCACCAAAUUUAUUUUGCAUCGCUGGAUGAAGAUCCCAUGAAAAUCAUGAAGGACAUACCGAUGCCACAUGAGAAUCAGAGACAAGCUCAAGCAGAGACAUCAAGUAAUGAUUUGAGAAUAGCAUUUAGAUACCAAGACUGUCCACAAAUCGAUUCCGUUCAAAGAGGACACCAAAUUGGAGUGACUUAUGAUCUUAAUAAGAAGUAUCCAAAAGAAAUAAUAGAAAGUUAUGAAAAUAUCAAAUUUUUUACAUUUAAAGAUCUUCAGCAACAAUAUCCAAGAAGUGCAUUUGAAUGUGUGAUUGAGGAUUUAGAUAAAAUUGUUAAGGAAAAUUCAAACAACUUGCUCAGAAUCUGUAUAAAUUCUGUUGGAUCUCCACUGUGGUAUUCAGAUGAUUUUAGUACUCAGCUGCUCAAAUUUCUUGCUCAUCUUAAGUCCAUCACUCGUUACAAUAAUGUUGUUUGCUACAUGACGAUGCCUUUACACCUUAUCAAUCAAAUUGAUGAAACAUUAAUCUAUAGAAUAAGACGCCUUAUUGACUGCAACAUAAAUCUAGAAUCAUUUAAUAACAUUGAGAAGCAAACAAAUGCUGUGUUUAAGCAAUAUCAUGGAUUGUUGCACAUUAAGAAGCUCCAAACUAUAGCCGCCUUACAGUCUCACAAGCCAGAAGCAUUUGAUUUAGCAUUCAAACUUAAAUCGCAUAGAUUUGUAAUCGAAAAGCUACAUUUACCACCUGAAUUACAGGAAAAUGAGUCAAAUGAAAUUUCUAUGAGCUGUUCUUCAAGCAGCGGAAAUAAAUCAUUGGAUUUUUGA